UUGUUCCCAAUGCAUUCCUUCAAUGCACAUGUCAAUAGCGGAGCUGGUAGAAAUUUGAUCUUUGCAGUUAAGAGCAAGAUCCCUCCAAAGUUGCUAAGACUGAGAGUAGUGAGAGUUGAGAGUGUCUCUCACUAGAUUUUCUAGUUGCUAUACUACCUCUGUUCUGGGCGGUCCGCCACUACUUCACAGUGGACGCCGAAGCUCCUAUGGCUUCGGUGAGGCUUUGCUUUGGUUACUUGGCUUCAGCCAGUUUUUGGAAAAUUUGAGAUGGGGUUCUCCUCCGCUAGUGGUCUUUGUGUCUAUCUGGUUCACUGUUGGAAGCUCGCUGGAUUUAGCUUUGGACAACCUUCGGCGCUGGUUAGUAGCUAUGGGGAAGGCCUUGGGGGGAGAGGCUUGUACGAUGGCGAACAGAGUGUCCAGGGUUCUUCUAGGCGACUGAAGGUGGAUUUUCCGGCGAUGUGCUCAGAAAUCUGGCGUUUAAGGUACAGGGGUGGGUUACCUUGUUCUUGGGGUGUUUGUGGCCAUGAGUUCCUUGCUUUGGUCGUUUGUGUGGCCUUGGUGGCUAGCCUCGGCCGGAGAUGACAGAGGUACAGGGCCGACAUUUUGGAGUGAAACAGAUCUGGUUUUGGUUUUUGAAUUAGUUAGGUCGGGUUCGGCGGUUUGGUUACUGUUGGUUUGUGCGUUGAAGGAUGAACACUGUGACCACCUCAUUCUUUCCUUGUUUUGUCACAACCGAGGUGAAAACUUUCCGGUGUCAGCAGCUUCUUCGUCGGACGACGGGACGCCGGUAUGGGUGGGGCUUCUGGUAUUCUGAGAACAAGUGGGGGCAGCUUGUCAAGAUGAAUCGGAGCCCCGGAUUGAUUCAAGGCCUGUUCGUUUCUUCUAGCUGCACCUGAGAACGAACAGGGGCAUCCUCUUCACAGAUGGUAACGUUUUUUGUGGCAACACUGGAUGGCCAUUCCCCGAGCAGAACCUCACGCAGCUUCCAUCUCCGUUUUGCUUCGUUACGAAUCUACGACUGGGCCAAGGUCUGGAUUGGGAGUUUGCAACAACCAGUGUUCAUCGAUUCUUGUUAGUCAACCUUCUUGAUUAUGAAUGUUUUCUGAAACUAGAUGGACUUUUGCUUCAUAUUCUCUGAGCAUCUUUCUUUUCCAGUCGGGCGUGAUUUCUGUAUGUUCUUGAUUGUUUUCCCCGAAGAAGAUGACCGGAGUUCUCGCAAUUCUCUGGGUCGGUGGUACAUUCUGGUGUGAAUGGUGACAACAUCUGUGGGGACGAAUUGAUGGUCACAGGUUUGGCCGGUGCUCGGCGUGCUCGCUGGUGGUGACCGGAACUGGUGGGCGCGUGAGAUGGCUUAAGUGACAGCCUAUCCUUUCGCUACCCCUCAUGUGGACCCACCAGGCUGGAAUGUUGACCGAGGCGGCGGCUGGGCUAGGGUUCCCUUGCUCCAAGCGUAGCGCGGUCAGCAGAAUAGUUUUGGGCUGGGCUGUUGCUGGAACGGGUCUCAUGCGGAAUGGGCUGUAAUUUGGGCUUAUCUGCUGGUUUUUUCAGCUGGCUAGUAGACGAGCCUUCGUUGGUUCUAACACUGGGCCUGCGAUUGAGUGAGUACUGGGCUGCGUAUGAUUGGAUAUGGAGGGCCAUUUACCAUCUGGAUCAGUUACUGGCCAAUGGGCCUUUGCUGGCUCGGCGGUUGGUGCCUUACGAGAGGCUUUUGACUCGUUAAUGGGCUGGUCCUUCACGGGCCAGUUCAUCUUGGUUACUUGAAUGUUUGAUACGAGCCGGGGCCUGUCCCGUGCCAUUUUGGUUGACUGACUGUUCAUCACAAAAUUCUCUCUCCCUGCC